AUGCGGACCUCGCGCAUCUCCCGUGAUAAUGCCCGAAUCUUGGCCGCGAGUCGCGCUCAGCGCGCCCAACGGCAAACACGGUCCGCCAUCAACGCAUCAGCGUCCACUGUUGACGCCAGUCACGUCAAGCAGGAAGCCGAAACUGAUGUCACUUCUCAAUCUGGCCUCAAGACAAGUUCAGCCCCGAUAGACUCGUAUUCAGAUGGUGAGGCGCAACCAGCGCUCAAAAGAAGGAAAAAGGGGCAAGAUGCAUCCGUUACCGUGAAGCAGGAAGUCGAGGAGGCAUCAAUAAGCACAAUUCCGUCACCAGUCAAAAAUGCCAAAGUCAAGAAAGCACGCCGUGUACCGGCAAAGAAGAUAACGGCCAGUGAUGGCACCGUCAAGAUCGAGCCGCCUGCGAACUGGGAGGAGAUAUACGCCCUGACAAGGGAGAUGCGGAACGAGAACGCAGCGCCUGUAGACACAAUGGGCUGUGAGAGUUUGGCAGACAGGAGCAGAACACCGCGAGAUCAGCGAUUCCAGACGCUUAUAGCAUUAAUGCUGAGCAGCCAAACCAAGGAUACCGUCACGGCUCCUGUAAUAUGGGGAAUGCAGGAAAGAAUGCCAGGAGGCUUCAAUCUCGAAUCCGUUCUCGCGCUCGAGCCCACGGAACUUAAUGGCUUCAUUAACAAAGUAGGCUUUCACAACCUCAAGACCAAGUACAUCAAGCAGACUGCAGAAAUACUGAGAGACAAGUGGAACUCGGAUAUACCUGACACGAUUGAAGGACUAGUCUCACUGCCAGGAGUAGGCCCGAAGAUGGCACAUCUCACAAUGAGCGCAGCUUGGGGUCGGACUGAGGGUAUAGGCGUUGAUGUGCAUGUUCAUCGCAUCACCAACCUAUGGGGCUGGCACAAGACACAACAGCCGGAGCAGACGCGCGCAGCGUUGGAAUCAUGGCUACCCAAAGAGAAAUGGCACGACAUUAACAAUCUGCUUGUAGGCUUUGGUCAGACAAUAUGUCUCCCAGUAGGCAGGAAAUGUGGCGACUGCAAACUGGCAGACAGAGGGUUGUGCCCAUCAGCCGUAGUGGCAAAGCGUACAAAGGUCAAGAGGGAGGAAGCUGUCGUGAAAGUCGAGGCGUCUGAAGGCGACGCAAUAGUAAAGAAGGAGGAGAUUGUUGAGCAUGUGGAUGAGAUCAAAGCCGAAGAUGUGGAAAAUGCGAUACCAGAUAUCGAGGAUAUUGGGAGAGAGCCACGCAAAAGAACGCGAAGGAAGCAGUAG